AUGGCGCUGCCAUUCAUCGUAGAGUGGCUAGAGCUGCAGACAGAAAGAGAAUUCCGCGAGCACUGCAAUGCUUUCGCGUUGCCCGAGGAAAUAUUUCGCCUGCGGUACCGCCUGACGAAGGACAUGGUGCGAUGGCUGUGCGAAGAGCUUCGCCGGGACCUGGAGAGGCGGCGUACGGGCACCGUUGAGCAGCAAGUGCUUGGCGCCCUUCGCUUAUUCGCCACCGGCAGUUACCAGGGCGCGAUCGCAAGCGACGAGGACGUGGCGACGAGCCAGUCCAAUGUGAGUCGCACGAUUCGCGCUGUCGUUGAAGCGAUCGUCGAUCGCCUCAGCGAUGAGUGGAUCGCCUUCCCUGCCAGGGCGCAGGAACUGGCCGCGGCGAAAGAAGGCUUCGUCCACAUGGACGCAAGGUUUCAAGGCUGUGUCGGGGCAGUAGACGGCACGGCGCCAUACGAAAGGGAUGACGGCAACAAGGCUGCUUACUUUUGUCGCAAGGGCUUUUACGCCCUGAACGUCAUGGUGCUGUCUGACGCAACCCUGCGCAUCACUGCCCUGGAGCCCUCGAACCCUGGCUCUGUGCAUGAUGCUUUUGUGGGGAGGGCAUCCACUUUGAGCCAGGAGUUCAGCGGUGGCAGCCGUGGCCUGAGUGGUGAAUUCCUGCUUGGUGACAGCGCAUACCCGCUACAACCUUGGCUGCUCACCCCCAUCCCUGAAGCACAUGAAGCGGGAUCCCCUGCUGCCCUGUUCAAUCGCACCCACUCCUCACUGCGGUGUGUCGUGGAACGGUGCAUUGGAGUCCUGAAGGCCCGCUUUCGGUGCCUGCAGAGGCACAGAGCACUGUGCUAUGAUACACUGCCAGAGCCAGAUGACACCCCUAGCACUGAGGAACUCGAACGACAAGAUCCAGAUCUUUACGACGAUGGUGACGACGAUGUGGCAGCAGUUGGCAUGUACCAGGCAUGUACCAGGCAGUUGGCAUGUACCACAAAGGCAGAAUUGCUUUCUGCAGUGGAUCACAGCAGGCCGGGACAGCACGUGAUGGGCUUUGCAUUCCUGUGA